CUCUCUUUGACCAAGACCUUACCCGCAAUCUGAUCUGUAGCUCAGCUCCAGAUCAGAUAUCACUUUGCCCUUUUUCUCUACGAGGUUUCCUCAUCCACUCCUUCAACAAACUUCGCAAAAGACUCCUCAAGCAAAAAAAGAAGACCUGGAUAUCAACUAUCUCUACCAACCCACAGCACAACCCACCCAUCAAAGUCACAACUCAGGAUAGCCAGUAUCAAAUAAAACCACACCCCCACUCAAGUCAAACAAAAUGCGGCCUCGCGUCCCGGUGACCACUCUCAUUACCCUUCUGGGGGUCGCUAACCUGGUAUCCGGUUACAUGGUCACUCCGCCCUCGCUCUCGAUACCAGAGGACAACCGCGCAUUUGGCUUCACCCGCUCUGCAUUCCCACAGCCGGCGUCCAAGCUGCAGAAGCGCUACACCCGCCAGCAGCAGCAUAACACCAACAACUACGCAACCAAUAACGACUUCCAGCACCGCGCCCCGGCAAAGCCCACCACCGUCAUCGACUACGGCCACCAGGAGGACCUGAGCCUGGUCACGAUGGGCUUUGUGUGCGGCGCUCAUAGGUCUGCCGACCCAAUCCUUACCACCACGGUCACAUCUGUCAGCACCAACGUUGACAAUGACCAGGGCCACGGUGGUCAAGAGCACCACUUCAACCAGCGCCAGCCCCAGGUCACCAAGACCGAUUGCAGCAGCGGCUGCAGCAUCCUCAAGAAGGCCGCUGCUGCCUUUGCGAAUCAGACAAGCUGCGACACGCACGAUUGUUGCUGCUUCUCGACCGUCGUUGGCUGGGGUUCCAAGCUUCCUCGGCUGCUCAAGCUCCAGCUGGCUAGCCUCUAAGCAAUAUCCCCCGAGUCAAGCCUACAAGUCAUAUACACACUGACCUUUGCGUCUGCCAUAGACCCAAAGUAAUCAGUCGCAAUCUCACAACAAAGAAAGUUGUCCGGUCAGGUAUUGGGGCUCAAGGCUGAACAGGCAGCUUUCCGUCGUGCUCUUCUG